UUUCGAUUGAAAUCGCUGCUCUGUUUUUUGUUUAAAACAAAUUUGAAAAUGAAACUGUUGAUGAGCCUGAGUUUUUUGUUCGUGGUUUUGUCGACGGUCAUGAUGAUAGAACUUUCAAAAAGUUCGCUUAUUCGUAUAGCAAACGUUGAAGUUGAUCGAAGCGCUUUUAUAGAUUCCAAAAAAUCAUUAAACGAGACUGCUUGGAGGGAAAGAUGCACGUAUAAAAAAGAUGGCAUUCAAGACAUCAACAAAGUUAAAAUGGUUAGACAAAAAUCGUUGCGCAGUGGAAGCGUUGACACAAAAAUUAUGCAAAGUGUCAUCGAUGUAAACAAAAUAAUUGAAACUUUUGUCAACAAUUUUAACGAAGCUCAGAAGGCUGAAAAUGGAAUUUAUGAUGUUAAAAUGUACCAUAAAGAUCUAGCGGCACUUGAAGCAGAAGCUGACAAAUUAUCAAACAUUUUUAUCACAACUACUGAUGCAGAUAAACGGACAAAAAUCGAAAAUAUUUGUGAUGAUCUGUUCACAAAUGCGGCAAUAAUGAGAGCUAGUGUUUUUGUACACGAUUGGAUAAGACCAUCUUCGGCCCUAGUGGCUGGAGUUGCUGGGGCUUUUAUCGGUGGUGCUCCAUUAGCUGCUGUUGGGGCUGGCGCAGGUUAUUUAUCUGGACGACAUUUUACAAAAAUCGAUCCAUAAUUUAUGGAACAUAGCAUUCUAAAAAUAUGAAAAUUCAUAAAUAAAUUCAGAAUAUUAAAUUUGG